ACAGCUGUUCAAACUUCAGUUAGUGCCGGGCUUUUUUAUCGUGAGUGUAAAUUUUGGUGUGAUUUCGUAAUUUAAAUAAAAGAAAAUCUAUUAAUUAAAUGAAAAUAAACAGAAAUCAUGUUAAUUCCAAGAGUUCAGAACAUAAGAAGAUUGUGUGCUGCUGCCCAUCCUUCGUUUUAUGUAACAACUCCCAUAUUCUAUGUAAAUGCGGCUCCUCAUAUUGGGCAUCUGUAUUCGGCCGUUAUCGCUGAUGCUGUAUGCCGUUAUGAAAAACUAAAAAAUCCUGAACAUGCUCAUGCUGUCUCUCUGUGCACGGGUACCGAUGAACAUGGCACCAAAGUUCAGGAGGCAGCCACAAAUCACAACAUACCAGUUGAACAAUAUUGUCAAGAUAUCUCGGCCAGAUAUCGCAGCGUAUUUCAACAAGCCAUCAUACAAAAUACAGACUUUGUACGCACCACAGAGGAUCGCCACAAAAAGGCGGUCAGUCACUUUUGGCAAACCCUUAAAGACAAAGAUCACAUUUAUUCCGCCAAUUAUGAAGGCUGGUAUUGUGUAUCUGAUGAAACAUUCUUAACCGAGUCUCAAUUACGUUUAGACGAGUCAACAGGCCAAAGAUUUUCUUUGGAAUCCGGCCAUCCCGUUGAAUGGACUGAGGAACAGAAUUAUAUGUUCCGUUUAUCUAAAUUACAAUCUGAGGUAUUGUAUUGGCUGAAACAGGGUGAUAAGGUGAAACCUUUUAAAUUUGAAAAGAUUUUAUUUGAUAUGCUUUCCGAGCCUUUGCCCGAUGUUUCUGUAUCAAGACCAGCUCAAAGAGUACCAUGGGCUAUACCGGUACCGCAUGAUCCCAGCCAAACUAUUUAUGUAUGGUUGGAUGCUCUAGUGAAUUAUCUAACUUCAGCCGGUUACCCAGAUCCUAAAUUCAAAACAAAUUGGCCGCCAAAGUUGCAAGUUUUGGGCAAAGAUAUUUUGAAAUUCCAUGGCAUAUAUUGGCCGGCAUUUUUAAUAGCGGCAGGCCUCGAACCACCACAACAACUAUUUGUUCAUUCUCACUGGACAGUUGAUGGCCAGAAAAUGUCAAAGAGUAAAAACAAUGUAGUCGAUCCAUUAGCGGCUUCUGAAUUGUACACUAUGGAAGGUUUACGUUAUUUUUUGCUACGUGAGGGUGUUGCUCAUAGUGAUGGCACCCCAAUAGUAUAAAAACAACUGGAUGCA